CUCUUAAAUCGAUGCCUCUUUUUUCUCUUUCUCCAAUUCCCAAUUUUCUUCUCACAACCCUAACGCAACUCAGACGCGCUUGCUCGCUUCCAACCGCCAAUUCCUCCCUGGAUCCGUCGUGGAUUUCCGUGCCUGUUCUGGGAUUUUCAUGGCCGCGCUGUUGAAGAAUCCGACCGAUCUUUGAUAUUUUUUCAUCUCCCGCCAGUGGGUUUCUCGGAUCUUGAUUGCUUUCCGGAGAUAGGGUGUGUCCCUGAUGGGUGGUGCUGCUUUGAGGAUCUGAUCUCUCGCCGUCGCGGUUCUUCUGAAGAUAAGAUUUCUGACUCUGUUGGGUUUUUUCUGAUCGGGCUGAAGACUUGGUGCUUGCAUCGGUGGGGGCUUUGAGGGGUUUGUUUAUUUCCCUUGAGUAAUUUGUGUAUCUCGACGGGCUCUUCGAUCAAGGGGAUCCUACUAUUGCUCCUGCGAUCUACGGAACUGCAUUGGAAUUGAGAGGAGGUUCUUAUCGUCCUCCGGCUCUCGACCGAAUCUAUUAAGAUUUAUUGUACUUAGUUGGACGAGAAUAAGGGGAAUUUCAGCGAACGAAGUUCGUAGAAGCUCUCUUUUCGGCAGUUCGAUUUGUUCCAUCCCGGUUUUGUUGAAGGGAAAAGUGUUUGAUAUUUUGUAUUGUUUCAUUUGUUCGAGUUAAAUAUAAGGCCCUUUUUUCUAAAGGCCUUCGAACUUUUUUUUUCUUUUUCCUUUCUAUUCCUUGCUUGUUCACUUGGCUUUUAUAUAUUAUUUUCUGAAAAAAAAUUACUAUGGCGGUGUAUUAUAAAUUUAAGAGUGCAAGAGAUUAUGAUUCAAUUCCUAUGGACGGUCCUUUCAUCUCAGUUGGUACUUUGAAAGAAAAAAUAUUUGAAUCGAAGCACUUGGGAAGGGGCACUGAUUUUGACCUUGUGGUCACCAACGCCCAGACUAAUGAAGAAUAUCUUGAUGAAGCAAUGUUGAUCCCAAAGAACACCUCAGUUUUAAUUCGACGUGUUCCUGGAAGACCUCGUUUACCCAUUGUUACAAAACAAGAGCCAAAAGUGGAAGCUGAAAUUGAAGAGACAGAACAAGAAAAGUCAACUGUCCCAGUUGCAGAUCCAUCAGCCCUGAGAUUUCCUGAAGAUUCCGAGUGGGAUGAGUUUGGUAAUGAUCUGUACGCUAUCCCUGAAGUGCUUCCAGUUCAGCCAAGUAAUCCAAUUCCAGAUGCAGCUCCUACAAAUAAAGCUGAAGAGGACAGCAAGAUUAAGGCUUUAAUUGAUACCCCGGCUUUAGAUUGGCAACAUCAAGGUUCUGAUGGCUUUGGUCCUGGUAGAGGUUUUGGGAGGGGUGGUGGUGGAAGAAUGGGAGGACGUGGUUUUGGUCGUGCAGGGUUUGAAAGGAAGACACCCCCACAGGGAUAUGUGUGUCAUAGAUGUAAAGUUCCUGGGCACUUUAUUCAACACUGCCCCACAAAUGGAGAUCCAAAUUAUGACAUAAAAAGAGUGAAGCCUCCCACUGGGAUUCCAAAGUCUAUGCUGAUGGCAACUCCUGAUGGCUCAUAUGCUUUGCCAAGUGGUGCUGUAGCUGUCUUGAGGCCGAAUGAGGCCGCUUUUGAGAAGGAGAUUGAAGGAUUACCUUCCACACGUUCAGUUGGUGACUUGCCCCCUGAGCUUCACUGUCCUCUGUGCAAGGAGGUUAUGAAAGAUGCUGUUUUAACAAGCAAGUGCUGCUUUAAGAGCUUCUGUGAUAAAUGUAUUAGAGACCAUAUUAUCUCUAGGUCAGCAUGCAUUUGUGGAGCAACCAACAUUCUUGCAGACGAUCUAUUGCCAAAUAAGACGCUCAGGGAUACAAUCAAUCGCAUUCUGGAGUCUGGUAAUAGUAGUGCUGAUAACGCUGGUAGUACCUUUCAGGUGCAAGAUAUGGAAUCUGCUCGCAUUGCACAGCCAAAAGUUCCUUCCCCAACGCUAUCUGCUGCUUCGAAGGGAGAAAAAAACAUUCUGUCAAUUAAUGAAGACACUAUGAAGACAAAGGAGAUAGAGGAGGGAAAGGCUAUUUCCUCUGGACCCCAGACCUUAGAGAAAGUGAAAGCCACGAAAGCAGUUGAAUCUGAAGCUACACAUGAGUCAAUGAGCGUGAAGGAACAAGCUUCACAAGGGAGCGCUUUAUUAGUUGAUGAAGAAGUGCAGCAGAAGAUGGCUGCUAGUGAGGCAGUGAAGAAAAAGAAGAAGAAGAAAGUUCGCAUGCCUGCAAACGACUUUCAAUGGAAAACUUCUCAAGAUCUUGCAACGGAGAAUUAUAUGAUGCCCAUAGGUGGCCCAACGCCAUAUAAUCCAUAUUGGACUGGCAUGCAACCUGGUUUUGAUGGAUAUAUGUCUUCAUAUGCUGCUCCCCUGCCCUAUAUGGGUGGUUAUGGGCUAGGUCCCUUAGAAAUGCCAUUUGGACCUGUCAUGCCUCAGGAUCCAUUUGGUAUGCAAAGUUACAUGUUUCCUGUUGCUCCACCUCAGAGGGAUCUUGCGGACUUUAGCAUGGGUAUGAAUAUUGCACCUCCUGCAAUGAGCCGUGAGGAAUUUGAGGCCCGGAAAGCUAACAUGAGGAGGAAGCAGGAAAGCGAGCGACGGGUUGAAAGCAGCAGGGAGCGGGAGCCUCCAAACUCAAAAGAUCGGGAGUUUGGAAGGGAAGUGAGCAGCAGUGGUGAUGUCCCUCCAAUGAAAUUAAAAUCUAAAUUUGCACCCCAAACUUCAGCUGCUGAACACAACCAGAACCGUCGCCGAUCUGAGAGCUCCCCAGACAUUGCUAGGAAUGCUGGACCACCUUGCCCGCCGCCACGUAAAAGGAAGUCGGAGCACCAUGAUCAUGAUAUUGACAAGGACAACAAUAACGAUCACUAUGAUCAUGGCCACCAUCGCCAUCAUCGUCAACAUUCAGAGUCCCGAGCAGCCUCUGAAGUGUCGGCUAAAUCCGCAGCCACAAAUUCAAUCAGCGCAGCUGCAGACCGCAAGCAAAAGAUGAGCGUGUUCUCUCGUAUCAGCUUCCCAGAGGGGGAGACAAAGAAACGGAAAUUGCACUCGUCAAAGGAAGCACCACCAAGUGACUCUGGUGCAUCAGCAGUGCACCACAAGGCAUCAUCCAAUGGAUACUACGAUGACUACAAGGCGAAGACAGUUGCAACGUCGGUCACAAGCAGUCGCGGGAGGAGUAGUGCUGCAUCUGUUGACUGCGAGUCGAGUGACGACGACCGGCAUUUCAAGAGAAAACCAUCUCGGUAUGAGCCAUCGCCACCUCCACCAGCAGACUGGGAUCAGGAGGAAUCAAGGCACCCUAGAGGUUCAACAAGAGUGCGGGAGAGCGAGCGCAGUAGCUACAGCAAACACAGGUAGUAGUGCUGGAAGCUAUCACAAAGAAUCAAGGCACCCAGAGAACGCAGCAGCCCCUGGAGAUGUGCCUUGCCACGGGUUCAAAGCACCCCCCUGCUCCGGUCAAGCGGUGGUACGAGGCCGGUCAGGAGAUGGUGUCUGAAAGUUGCAAAUUGGUUUCUGUAUUGGGUUUAAGUGAUAAAGAGUACAGGCAUUAUACAUGAAUGAGAUGCCAUUGUUGUGUGGCGUCUGGUGGGGAUGACACUGUUAUAGAGAGGCUUGUACGUUGUUUUCGAGCUUCUUCUGUAUUUGCUUUGCUUGUCAGUUGUCAUUGAUUUUAAUAAUAAUACGAAUGAAAAAUCUUCAUUCUCUA